AGAGGGGGGCAGCAGGGGUCUGACCCGGGAGCGGGACACCCGGGCCUUGGCCCAGAGAAACCCGGGGACGGCGUGACACCUCCAUUCUGCGCUGCGGAGCGGCUUGUUAUGGACGGCGUCCCGCCCCCAGCAACGCCGGAGUGAACUGCGGGCCGGUGACGGGACACCCUGUGGGGAGCCGGUUGGAAGGUGCCAGGGUUUCACUCGGCCGCGGAGUGACAUCCGCCCGGACGGUUUUUAGCGACGGCACCACCUCCGGUCCCGGGGCCCGGCGGCGUGGAGAAGGUGCGGAGCCCGGAGCAACGGGCGGCCGGUCGGUCACCGGCUUCACACGUGGAACCUCGUCCCCAGUGAACCACGGGCAGGGGGCACUGGAUGAAGGGGGUGACUCCUUUCAUCCCCCGGAGCCAGGACCUGCUGGGUGGUGGUCAAUGCCAUUGAAGGUGGGGGACGACAAUUUGGCUUUCUGGACGAGUGACUGGCCAGCACAUGAUGGCAAAACCAGAUCAGCAGGCAAACAGCGUGGUCCCAACUGGAUCUGACCAGGGACACCAAAAGAAGAAGAAAAUGAGGAAGUUCUGGGCCAAGGAGAAAAGUGUGGCCAAAAGGACGGAACCAAUAUUGCCUCCUACAGAUGUUGCUGAGUACUCCUCCAACUGGAAGGCACUACAGCAGCUACUGAAUCAGAAGACCAAAGCUGUAAACAAUCUUCCAGACAACAAAUCCAAGAAGCAGACAAAGGAGGAAAAGAAGCAUCAUCAAGGAACACAAGGAGUUAAACUUGAGAGAGGGGCAGAAAGGAAGACCCAGCCACACUCUUUGGCUACAAGUGCACCAGUGAAAGAAAAUGGACUGAAACUGGAUAAGAUAUCACACCAGGGGACUCAACACAGGGGAAAUAAGCCGGGUAGGAAUAGCCACGGGCUUUCAGAUGAAGAUAAUUCCCCUCAUAGGAAAAAAAGAAGAAAAGUUGAACCAGAGCUUGAGAAACCAACUGAGCCUGACAUUUGGUUUGAUGACGUAGACCCCGAUGACAUCGAAGCAGCAAUAGGACCAGAAGCUGCAAACGUUGCUCGGCAGCAGAAACAUGCAGCACCGGGAAAUCCAAACCCUACAGAACAAAGCUUGGAAAAGAUGCUGGUUAAAGAUGGAGCUUUUGAAGGAAUGACCAAAGCUGUGGCGAUGGACUGUGAGAUGGUUGGUGUGGGGCCAGACAAAGUGGAAAGUAUCCUCGCACGGGUUUCCAUUGUGAAUCAGUUUGGCAAGUGCGUUUAUGACAAGUACGUGAAACCAACAGAAAAGGUGACCGAUUACAGGACCUGGGUGAGUGGAAUCCGGCCGGAGGACAUUAAAAAUGGGGAAGACUUCAAAGUUGUGCAGAAGGAGGUGGCAGACAUCUUGAAAGGCAGGAUCUUGGUCGGCCAUGCUAUACACAAUGAUCUUAAGAUCCUACAUCUGGGUCAUCCAAAGAAGAACAUUCGUGACACACAGAAAUACAAACCUUUCAAAGCACUUGUCGAAUGUGGUCGACCCUCUCUCAAGCAUCUAUGUCGGCAGAUCCUAAAGAUUAAAGUUCAAGAGUCUGCACAUUCUUCGGUGCAGGACGCACAGGCGGCAAUGAGACUUUACACACUUGCACGACAACAGUGGGAAGCAGAGUUAAAGGCAAAGCACAAAGUGAAGAAAGAAGGUGUGAAGGAGAAAACUAAACCUUAUUCUGAGAAGGACAGGACUGCAAGAAAGUGAUGAUGAGGGGGUCAGUGUCUCCCUCAAUGCUUGGUAUUCUGUGGGAGGUCCAUCUGUGCCUCCCCUCCACUGCAAUUUAAAUUUGACAGAUGAACACUUCUGGGAAUAGACCUUGUGGCAGCAGAUGUAUUUUUGAAACAUCUACAGGUAUUUCAGUGAAGAACACAGUGCACUGUAACUGGAUGACAUACAGAAGGAGUAAGAGUUAACUGCAAAUUCCUUGAAGUUGUUAGUGUUUUCCUGCGGUAACUGGAUGGUCUGGACUGAUACUAAAAUCUGUAUUUUUUGCAGAUGA